CAUCUCGUCAGGCGCGCCGCGCACACUCCGAAGAAAAGGAGAUCCGGACUAGGGUUUUAGACGGCGAUGGGUGCGGCGGGCGACGAGAAGGCGGCUGCGGCUGCGGGGACCGGUGCCACCGCCGCCGAGGGCGAGGGAGCGGUGGACUCCAAGGAUCUUCAGCAGCAGAGCAAGGCGCUCGACAAGCUCACCGAUCAUGUCGAGGACCGGCAGCUCGAUUCAUCCCGUGUCCAAUCCGCCAUGGCAGCACUUGCUUCAUCCAAAGAGGCUGACUGGAACGCGAUGAGGCUGAGGGAGAAAGAACUAGCUGCUGUCAAGAUCAACCCUACUGAUGUUGAAAUUAUUGCUAAUGAGCUUGAGCUGGACAAGAAGAUUGCAGAGAGAACCCUCCGAGAGCACAAAGGUGAUGCUGUAGCUGCGGUUCGAUUCUUGCUGCACUAGUUUGGAGAUUUAGUUGCCAGCAUUAUAUGUUUUCCUUAAAUCAACACGACAUGUGAUGAUGUGAAGCAGUAGUGCUUUUCUGUGCCUGUGCUGGAAAUUUGCUCUGUCACAAUGAAACGAUCAUACUUGGCAUUGACCGAGAGCCUUUGUUGCCAAGUUGCCAUGGUGUUUGCGAAUUAUUUUCUAUUCUGCUGUAAAGGCAUGUGGUUUUAACUAGAAAAUCCUCCUAUACCUUCAUUUGGCAUUUUGUAUUUUCGGAGAUAGCUGCAAACAUUAGAAACAGAAAAUAUGUAUGAAACAAAUGAGAACCUCUGAGACACAACAGUUUUCUUGAAUGGAUAUUUCCAAGA